AUGGGAAAGGAUUGGACAGACCUCGAGAACCUCACCCGCGACAGGAAAAAGUGGAAGAUACUGACUAAGGAACGGAUGCAAGUCAUUGAGAACUGGGAAAAUGAAAUGUGCAACGUAAAUGGAAGACAGGAAAAGCCCAGAAGAUCACAGUAUACCGAAGACUCAAGGGGGAAUGUCUAUAAAUGUAGAUGGGAAGGAUGUGAGCGAGUGUGCGCCAGUAAGGGUGGAAGGACACAACAUGAAAGGAAAAUGCACCACGAGCGUCUCACGACCUUCACAUGCCCGCAUUGCAUGCGCACGUUCAACGAGAAAGGGCCAUGGACGAACCAUAGGCGAGCAUGCGAGGGGCAUACUAAGGAACCCCCAAAAGGCAAACGGGUGAUAUGCGACAUAUGCGGGGAGGACCAGAGUGCAACAAAUCUCGCGCGUCAUAAGAAGAACAUACACGGAGGAGAGCAGUGA